GUUCGCGCGCCGGCUCCGGCCCCUCCGGCGCAUGCGCGGUCCCCGGGAGCCGCGUGGCGGUGCGCAGGGCGCGGGUCUCGGCGGCAGCGGGCGAGCGCCGGGACCGCGGGUGAGGCGAGCGAUCCCCUCCGGCGGGGGCAGGGGGUGCCUCCUGCCCGCUGGCCGCCCGGGGCUGCCGGGACGGGAAGCUGCGAAGCGGCCACCACGGCAGGCUCCCGGUCCGCCGGAGGCGAGCCGGGCCAGGGCAGCGCCGGGGAGUUCCCCGAGAGCCGGUAGAAGGGAAGAAGGGACGGAGGCGGGCACCCCCCAGGCGCGGCCAGCGGGCGCCUCCCCGAGUCGCCAGAGCUCCCCCGGCCCCGCUCGGCCCGUGCGGCUGCCCCCAGCUCCAGCCCCUCCCCUGAAGCCUGUGCUGUGGCCGCAGGCAGCCCCCGAGCCCUGUCGUGAGGGCAGCAAGCCGGCCCUGCGGUGUUCUCGAGUCUCCCUUAACGUGGGUGCCGCUAGCAGCGGCGCGGGGAACGAGCGGCGUCUGCGGAAGCCCCUGCGGAAGGAGGGGGCUCCGGUCAGGGUCGAGCUGCGUUUUGACAGCAGUUGAUAUACAACCUUGUGGAAAGGCCAGACUGUUGCAGGUAGCUGGAGCUUGUAAGGAGAAGCAGCUGAAAUGAGCUGGAGCUUCAGUGCGGAGCUGGGGCUUCAGCGAGCCAGAACUGUAGCAAGCGGGAGCUGGAACGAGGUGGGGUGUCCGCUGUCUGGAGCGUGCAUUAGCCAGAGGCAAAAGUACCUGUGGCUGUAACGAGCAGGAGCCACGAUUAGCUGGAGUGUCCGUCGGCCGGACCGCGCUCCCAGCACGGCCAAAGGGCGGCCGGGUGCAGGCAGGGCUGUCCGCAGCAAGCAGCUCCAAGCAGCAGGGAG